AUGGGAGCCGCGCGGAGAUGGGAGAGGGCAAGUCAAAGCUCCGGAGACGAAUUCGAAUUCGUCUCGCAAUUGGAAGUGGCGCGGCAGGAGCGAUGGGAAGAGCAGACUGGCACACCGCGAAGUCCAUCCAUCCGUGCGCGCCUACGAAGCUGCGCGCGGAGAGAGCGCCCUCCGCCCUGCCCGCUCCCCCCAAGCGCCAAUCAGAUGGGUAUCCGGGCAGUGCGCGCGUGCAAGGACGGAUCCACCGGAGUCGCUGCCUUUACUCACUUGGGAGCGCUCCUGGCGCCGCGUCCGACGCCACCGCCGCUACUGCUGGCCGCGGCCCAAAGCAGCCGUACGCGCGCCUCUCACUCUGUCUCUCUCCCUCCCGCUGCCGCCUUUGUUACCGCCCCGAAAUCGCGGCAUUUAAAUGCCUCCCGCCCAGCCGUGGACGCUGGGCCGCCGCGCACUUCUGCACAAAGGCUUGGCCUCGCCAGCUACGAGCUGCUGCCCGCAGGAACGAAAGCGUGA